CCGCCAUUUCAGUUUGAAUUUAUCGAAAUUACUGGCGUCAUUGUUAUUAUGAACACUUCAAACACAGUCACAAUAAAGGCCCAGAUCGUGGAGAUGACGGGCGAGCAUGUGGAGGAGCUGCACGCGAUGUGGUCGAGGAUGUUCGAGCCCAAGACCUGCGACGAGUUCCUCCACAAGCUCAAAGACCAUACACACAGUUUCUUCACGGACCUACUAAACGAAUCCCGUGAGAAGCAGCAGGGAAUCCUGGCGGAAAUAGCAGCUCUGCGGGCGGAGGCCUCCGACCUGACGCGCCUGCUUCACGAGCCCGUGGACAUUGGCCCCCGACCAGACGACAUGCCGCUGGUCGUCUGGCAGCUGAAGCUGGACAAGAGCAUCGAGCAUCUGCGCGAGGAGCUGGCCCGGCGCCAGGCGGAGAUACGCGAGCUUCAGCUGCAGCAGGAUAAGCUCUGCGAGGAGCUGGGCGAACUGCCACAGUCCCUGCUCGCUGAUCCACUGCCACUGCCCACAGAGAUGGACUCCUUUCGAGAUCAUGUGCAACAGCUCGGACAUCGGCGAGAGAAGCGACUGGAGGAGAUGCACCAGCUGCGCCAGAGCAUCAGGCACAACAUGAAGCUACUCGACAUCCAUGUCAUGCCGGACACCGAAAGUCGGCUGCUCAGCCGAGGAAACCAAUGCGUAAGCCCCGCCUCCUUCGAGCGGCUGCGCCUCCUGCACACGGAGUACGCUGACCAGGUAAAGGAGCUGCACAUGCAGAUCGACGAGAUGCGCGGCAAGAUAGAUCUGCUUUGGCAGCGACUCAAGAUCACGGACGAAUUCGCCAUGCGUCCGGUGCGGGAAGCCACGUCGUAUAACCAGCGCACCUACGAUGUCCUGCGCGAGGAGCUGCAUCGCUGCCAGCAAAUGCGGCGCAAGAACAUUAAGACCUUCAUCGAGCAGCUGCGCCUCGAGAUCAAGGAGCUGUGGGCUCUCACGCUGAAGAGUUCGCAGGAGUGCCAGCGCUUCGUCUUCUACAGCUGUGAUAACCAGAGCGAAGAUGUUCUGGAAGCCCACGAAAUGGAGUUGGACGAACUGAAGAGCUACUACAAUAGCAAUAGGAAGAUCUUCGAUCUAUAUGCCAAUCGUGCGGAGCUCUGGUCACGCAUGGCGGCCCUGGAGGCCAAAAGCAACGAUCCCAAUCGAUUCAACAAUCGCGGUGGCCAGUUGCUCAAGGAGGAGAAGCAGCGCAAGGCCAUGUCAUGCCAGCUGCCCAAGAUCGAUCAGCAGAUCACAGAGCUGGUGAAGGCCUACACGAGCCAGACGAGCAGGCCAUUCCUGGUGAACGGCGUGGACAUACUGGAGAGCAUGUCGGCGGACUGGGAGGUCCAUCGCCAGUCUAAGAAGCAGCCCUCCGCCCAAAAGAAGGACUCCCACAUGACGGCCAGCAAAAUGAAGCGGCCAAAGGCUCCUCUUACGCCAAAUACGUUUUCGCUGAAAGGCAACUGCAACAGCAACGUCAAAGGAUCGCACGGAUCUUCAUCCUCAUUGAAGAAGACCCCGUCAAAGAUGAACUCGAGUGCUGCUGCUGCUGCUGCUGCCGCCAAGAGCACGGGGAAUCUGCAGAAGAGGCGACAUUCCAACAACGAGAAGCCGGCGGCUGCGGCCAAGCGAAAUCUUAUCACGUCGCUGGAUUGCCAGCCAGCCACUCUGGCAGUCCCGGAUGGCCAGAAGCCGCUAAGGUCGCCGCAGAAGAAGGUGCGAGUGCUGGAAUACUCGGUGCGCCGGAACCGAGCAAAAGGAAAAAAACCUCCCAUUCCCCGGGUCCAUGUACAGCCUCCGACCAGCGAGGAGAACGAAAGCGACUUGGAGGCGUACUAACAUACUAGCACACAAAGCAAUAAAUGUAUUACUUUAAACUAAAUUGGGCAAUUAUAGUAAAAUUGUUUAAAAACAUCGCAAAACAAUAACGAUAAAAUCUUU